GUUGGACCACUAAGGUCAGUGACAUGACAUGUGGAAAUAAAGCGCGCGUGUUAUGGAAUAGCGCGCGCCCGAUUGAUCUUACAUAACAAAUUUCACUCGCAAUCCGUGCAGGAAUGUUAGGAACCGCAAAUUUCUACAAAUCCACUCCGAAAAUCAUGCCGAAAAUUCCGCAAACGAAGAGAGCGCCCAGUGCAGCAGUGAGUCCGGUGUCAAAGAAACGUAGGGUAAGGCAAAAUGUGGGUGUUUUGGUGGAGAGAAAUCAUGAUGGUUUGCAGUCGAACUCGAAACUUUGGACACCACAAGUUGUCGUUACGAAACUUUCGCCCAUGUCAUUGUCAAUGGGCAUGAUGGGAGAUCUAUGCACCGACAUGAUUGGCAGCAUCAGUGGAGAGGCAUCCGGGAAGAAAGUUGCCCACGGCAUCAAGCAUGAGAACGUCCUCCAGCCACAGAGAACAUCAGCUAGAAUCAAGUCCACCAAUGUCAGGAAAGAAGAAGUGGAAAUCAAGGAGGAAGUAAAAGAAGAAGAGGAGGAGGAGGAAGCGGAGGAGGCAGUGUUGCCUGGCAACCGUAUCCGUGACGAUGAAGAUUCAGAUGAAUCUGACGGGGAGAUGUCAGCAUACGAGAAGAAGCGACUACAGAACAUUCAGGAGAACGCCAAAUUUUUCGCUUCCCUGGGCAUUGCAAAGACCAAGGAAAAUAUGUCGCAAAAAUCUGCGAAAAAUGCUACAAAAGGCCUUAAAAGAGAAUUUAAAGAGAAAGAGGUCCUCCCCAGACGACCUCUUUCCUUGCGAAUCCGGCGGAUGGAUCCAGAGGGAGUGGCACUGCCUGAACUACCUGAGCCUGUCUACGCUGAAGAUCUUUACGCUCGGAAGCCAUCAGGUCCCUUUGACAUGGAGCCCAUCAACCUUGGCGAAGACGGUGGGGAGAAUUCGGCAUUGCGCCUGUUCAAAUCCAUCACGAGUCUCUCAAAGUCUCCAAACAAGUCGCCCAAGAAAGAAGUCCAGGAACCGGACCUUGCCACAUUCACAAAGACAUUGCAAAGUUUAAGUCUGGGUCCAGGAGGCUUCGCCAAGGUGACGAAAAAACGAAUUAGCUCGGUCGCCAUUCAUCCCUCUCCAUCCAAAAUCAUCGCCUGUGCUGGUGACAAAACAGGGGGUAUUGGUGCCUGGGACGUGGACUCUCAAGACGGUGAUGACGGUGUGUACCUAUUUCAGCCGCAUUCCCGUCCUGUCAGCUGCCUCCAAUUUGCCCAUGGCAACCCCACCAAGCUCUACUCCAGCAGCUAUGAUGGCACGGUCCGCUGUGGCGACUUUGAGAGGGGCAUCUUUGACGAGAUCCAUGCCACAGAUAUUGACGGGGACGUCUACUGCAGCUAUUUUGAUUUCCUGUCCCCUGACGGCGUGAAGCUGCUCGUGAGCCAAAACGCAAGGAGAGGAUAUGUUCAGGUGGUCGACUCCAGACUAAGAAGUAACGGUUCUAAUAUGUGUGGGUUUUGGCUGCAUGACCGAAACGUGAAAACUGUACACGUGCAUCCCACCAAGCCAGAGUACUUUGUGACAGGUUCCACUGACAGCACUGUAGCAUUGUGGGAUUUGCGGUCGCUCAAGGAACGUAGCAAGAACCAGUACAUCUCCUCAGUGACCCACGGCCGGUCCGUGUCUGGUGCGUACUUCUCCCCUAUCACUGGAAGCAAGGUGGUGACGACAUCAUAUGAUGACAGAAUUAGGAUUCUUCAGGUCGACGAGAGCGGAAACAUGGAAGUUCAGAAAGCAAUCAGACAUGACAAUCACACCGGCCGUUGGUUGACCACCUUCCGUGCGAACUGGCACCCGAGACGCGAAGACGUGAUCGUUGUUGGCAGCAUGGAAAAACCCAGAAGAAUUCAUUUGUUUGACGACCAGGGUCAUCUGCUACACAGUCUACUUGAUGAGGAGCUUGCAUCAGUCAGCUCCGUCAACGCCUUCCACCGGACCAGGGACGUUCUGGUCGGAGGCAACGCCAGCGGACGCCUCCACGUCUUCAUGUAGGCUAUAAGUCAAGAGAGGGGGCUGUUUGUAGACGUAUCCAACAACGGCAAUGAGAAGCCAGUCUUGGCGCAAGACGCUAGUAAUCGACAGUGAAUCUCGCAUAGUGCACCCGCAAAUAGCACAACCUUUAAACCAGCGCGCCUACGCGCUCUAGCAUCUAAGGCAAAGUUCGCGCAAGGACUAUAGUUGACCAAUGGUUAACUAACGUUUGCCCGAACUCUGUCUAGUCGACGGUGGUUGACUACGCUAGUCGACUAUUU